AUGGUCACCUCUUCUCCUCAAGUGAGCUUUCAAGUUGAUAUAGCACGUCCACAUUCCAAUCUAGAUCUUACCAUAAUGCAAUUAAUUCGACAUGUCAUCAAGCGUAAAAGGUUCAACACACCAGCUCCAAACUCAACACCCUAUCCUAAUUUUGAGUCAUUAGUUUUUCAAGCUGAAGAAGAGUUCAUUAUGAGCCUGUCUCUCGGAACUCCUCCUCAACGAUUCGCUGUCAUCAUGGAUACAGGUAGUGAUCUCAUUUGGACACAAUGCAUGCCUUGUUAUACUUGCUAUCAUCAACCCACCUCUAUAUUUAACCCAAAUACUUCAUCCUCGUUCUCACCUCUUCCUUGUACUAACAGUUUAUGUACUGGCUCAAGAACGAAAAAAUGCGAGACAAAUUUGUGUAAAUACAAGACCUUAUACGGGGACAAAUCUUUCACACGAGGGUACCUUGCAACAGAUACUUUCAUUCUAGGCGACUAUAUACUAAACGUGUCCAUACCGAACAUAGCAUUUGGUUGUGGGGACAACAAUAGCGGUUCAGGUCUAGAUAUAGUGGCAGGCAUCGUCGGUCUUGGGCGUGGACCUCUAUCCCUCGUUUCGCAGCUUAAGUCGAAAAAAUUCUCAUAUUGCUUGCCUAUGCUAGGAGAAAAUAUGAAGGGUACACUUUCUUUUGGGUCUUUGGCUGAUAAGGGUUGCAAUAAUGCUAGUAAUUCUCAGAGCACUCCAAUCUUGGUAAACCCUGCAUCACCAUCACAUUACUAUUUAUCUCUGGUAGCGAUAUCUCUUGAUGAUAUUCUUCUUCCGAUAACGAAAACCACAUUCGAGAUUAAGAAAGAUGGGAGUGGUGGGGUAAUCCUCGACACAGGAACUACAUUAACAUACUUGGUUCAAGAAGCUUACCAGGUUCUGAAGCAAGAGUUCAUAACGCGCACAAGGCUGCAUGUUGUGUUCUUCCCAUAUACAACAGACUUAGAUUUGUGCUUUCAGACCCCAACUGGUAGAAAUGCUUCAAGCUUUAAUUAUCCUAAACUGAAACUCCACUUCGAGGGCAAUGUGGUGUUGGAGCUACCUAAAGAUAACUACUUAACUGAGGAUAAGAGAGCGAGGACGAUGUGCCUAACAAUCAUGCCAAGUAAUGGCAUGUCAUUACUUGGAAGCCAGCUCCAACAGAACUUUGUAGUUCUACAUGAUCUGGAGAAACAGACUGUCUCCUUCUUUCCAUCUCAAUGUGCUUACGAUUAG